AUGCCGGACGACGAGCAGGCGGUGGCGGUGGCGGUGGCGGCGCCAUGCGGGGCGUGCAGGACGCUGCGGCGCAGGUGCGUGCCGGGCUGCGUCUUCGCGCCCUACUUCACGGCGGAGGACUUCGCGGCCGUGCACGGCGUCUUCGGCGCCAGCAACGUGUCCAAGAUGCUGGAGCGCAUCGAGCUCCCCGAGCAGCGGGCGGUGGCCGCGGCCACGCUCGUCGAGGAGGCCAGGGCGCGGCAGCUUGACCCCACCUUCGGCCGCGUCUCCUACCUCCGCAUCCUCCAGGAGGUGAACGACAAGGCCAGGACGCAGGUGGACGAGGCGCGGGAGGAGAUCGCCAGGGAGUUCGGCGCCCUGGCCGCGUCCCAGCCCGUCGACGUCGCGGCCGCGGCGCCCGCGGCUAGGGUGGAGGCGCGGGCGCAGGUCGACGCCGCGCUCAAGCACGCCAGGGAGCAGGACGCCAGGCUGAUCGGCCUCGCCGGCGCCACGGGCGAGCAGCAGCACCUUGUGGCGCAACACGCCGAGAACGAGCACGCCGUCGCCCUUGGGCACGGCCACCCGGUCGACAUAUCCCAGGAGAUGAUGCAGCUGCAGGAGUUGUUGGACAUGGCAGAGCUCGCCAGAAACGAGCAGAUGAUGAAGAAUGACGUGAUGACGGAGAUGGGGCAGUGGGACGCGGCGGCGGGGGUCGCGAGGGAGCCGGACGUGAUGACGAUGACGCAGCAGAUGCCGGCCAAUGCGUGGCAACACCGAGACCCCGCCCCGCAGUAUGCCGGGAUGUGUGACGGGCGGCCCCUGGAGAUGCCGCAGCAGAUGGAGGAAGCCUCCACGGCGGAGCUUGCCAAGACGACGACGGGCAACAUGUCGCAGCAAUUCGCCUGGGCACAGCAGCACCACGACCCUGCGGCGGCGCAACACGCGUCGCCGUGCCACCAUCAGAUGGCUGCCGCGUCCGCGUCGCAGGUGGCGAGCGAGCAGGACAUGCUGCUGCUGCUCCAGCAGCACCAGGUCGGGGCGGCGGAGUUGCCGUCCACCGGCGGCGCUCGUCAGUUCGACAACCUCGCCGCGCAAUACGGUGACACGGAGCUCACGCUGGGGUACGGCCACCCGGACAUGCACCAGCAGGUGGUCGCCGCGGGGCAGGUCGCCAGAGUACAGGACAUGAACUCGCCGCAGCUGGCCGCGCGCGCGCACCAGCACCACGCUCAGAACGGGCUCGACAUCGCCCUUGGAAACGGCCACCCAGGCGACGCCGAAACCCAGGCGAUGCUGCAAGAGUUGGCCGCCAUCCUAGAGCUCGCGGACGAGCGGGCAAUGAUCAGGAAGCAGUGGGAGCAGGACGCGAGGACGAUGAUGACGCAGCAGGACCCGGACGCUGCGUGGCUGCAGGAGAUGCUGGGGCAGAAGCAGAUUGAGAAAGCGUCUAGGCCAGACGGCCCAGACCUCGAUAAGCGGCUGGAGAUCAUGUCGCGGCAAGCCGAGGCUCGGCACGCCCAGAAAGAGCUCGGCAUCACCCCGGAUGGUUCAGCACAGGGGAUCCUGCAGGCGCAGGAGUUGUCCGCCAUGGCAGAGAUGCAAAGAAAACGGGAAAUGGUCAUGAGGCAGUUCUUCGUCGCGGCGGCGCGCGCUAGAGAGCAGGAACUGAUCACGCAGCAGGCCGCCGCAGCGCAGCAGCAGCCCGUGGCGCAGCAGUACUCCGAGACAGAGCUCGACGUCUCGCUGGGGCAAGGCCACGGCCACCCGUACUGGCACCAGCCGACGGUGCAGGAGAUGGUGCAGAAGAAGCAGCUGCCGACGGUGCAACAGAUGUUGGAGGAGGAGCAGCUGGCCGAGGCGGUUGGAUUCGGCAGGCACCAGCCCGAUACGACUUUGGUGCAGCAGGUCCCAGCCUACGCGAACGGUGAGCAUGGAGGCGGCGCCGGCGCCACAAUGGCGUUCCUGUCGCCGGGGUAUGCCAAGGCCGCGCCAUUCCGCGUCGACCAGCAACUACAGACAAAUGGGCACCAAAUGGAUUCAUCUCUGCCACCGAUGCCACCGUCGUUGAGCCAGCUGCAUGCCCAAGCGUCGCACCAGCAAAGAACCGAUGGCGGUGGCCAGGGUCUGAGCUCAGAUUUGGCGGCAUACUUGCACUAUGAAUCCUUGUCCAGGCAUGGAACGGCAGGCUUCAACAGGGGUAGCGAGGGUCCGGAGAGGAGAUGAGGCAGUUGUCAGAACCAGAUGCAGGAUUUGCACCUGAAAGCCUGAAUUUUGAGGAUAUGUUGAUGUCAUACUCAUGUAUGCUGCCUGAAUUUUGAGGAUGGUUGCAUGGAUGCAUACUGGUGUUCAGUUCGUUUUGAUGCUCGCGAAGCGAUAUCUUUGUGGAUGAAAUUGAGAUGGUUAUAUUGGAUUGGAUAUUUGGAUUCUACAGUUUGCUGUUGCAGCUUGUAUGCUUUUCAGUUUCAGUGAUUGGUUUUUCGAUGACGAAUAUGCUGUGAUUUAACUUGGUA